UCACUCUCUCUUAUUGGGUUGUAGAUUUUUCAUCCUUAUCUUUACAUUAUAUGUGACAGGGCCGUGUUGAAUGCUCGCUUUCAAGUGUUCUAAUAUGAAUAGAACUAACUCCUGACAUUCAAAUCCAAAUUCUAGUGGAGGGGCCUCGUUUUUCCUCUUUAAAAAAGAACUCAUCUGUGCAUCCUCAUGGCAUAACUGCAUUCUCUGUAUUGGAUCUGAAAGUCUAAUAUAGCUUACUUCAUAAUGGGAUGGAGAGCUUGUAUAGUGGUUUGUAUGUGGUGGGUCUUGCUGGUAUCAGCUCAGGAAGAAAUAGAAGUAGCAAGUAGAAGUGGGUUUCCCGGUGGAUUCAUAUUCGGUACAGCCUCUGCUUCAUAUCAGUAUGAAGGAGCUGCGAUGGAAGAAGCAAGAGGCCCGAGCAUUUGGGAUACUUACUCCCAUACCCCAGGGAAAACUGCUAAGGGGAACAAUGGAGAUGUUGCUGUGGAUGAAUACCAUCGCUAUAAGGAGGAUGUGAAACUGAUGAAGGACAUGGGCUUGGAUGCAUAUAGGUUUUCUAUUUCCUGGUCACGGAUAUUACCAUAUAUCAAGCCUUUUGUGACACUGUUUCAUUGGGACCUUCCACAAUCUCUGGAGGAUAGCUAUGGAGGCUUUCUCAGCGAAUAUAUUGUGAAAGAUUUUGAAGCUUACAGUGAAUUGUGCUUUCAUGAGUUUGGUGAUCGAGUGAAGCACUGGAUUACUCUAAACGAACCUCAUUCCUAUGCUACUGGAGGAUAUGAAACUGGCACAUUGGCACCCGGUCGCCACUCCUCUUCUGAUGGAAAUUCAAGCAAAGGAAAUUCUGCAACAGAGCCAUAUAUUGUGGGGCAUAAUUUUCUUCUAUCUCAUGCAGCUGCUGUGCAUGUGUACAAGAGCAAGUAUCAGACGAUACAGAAAGGAUUGAUUGGAAUUGCAUUAAAUAGUCACUGGAUGGUUCCCUAUUCAAAAUCAUACUCUGACCAGAAAGCUGCCCAAAGGGCGAUAGAUUUUAUGUUUGGAUGGUACAUGGAUCCCAUUACAAAAGGGAAAUACCCAUCAACAAUGAAAAAUCUUGUUGGCGAGCGUUUGCCCAAAUUUACUGCCCAUCAAUCUGCUAUUUUGAAAGGUUCAUUUGAUUUUCUGGGCUUAAAUUAUUACACAAGUUUCUACGCCAUUGAUGUUCCAGUGCCACCGAAUCCCAUUAACACCACCUAUACAUUGGACUCUCAAGCUAAACUUACAGCUGAGAGAAAUGGUACGCUCAUCGGACCAGUGGCAGCAUCGAGCUGGCUUCACGUAUAUCCACGUGGAAUAAGAGAGCUGUUGAACUACGUAAAACAAAGAUACGACAAUCCACUCAUUUUCAUUACAGAAAACGGCAUUGAUGAAAAAAAUGAUGAUACAUUAUCAUUGACACAAGCACUUAAUGAUACUUGGCGAAUAGACUAUCAUUCAAAGCAUUUAUUACUUGUUCAACAAGCAAUAAGGGGUGGAUCUAACAUACAAGGUUACUUUGCAUGGUCUUUGUUAGACAACUUUGAAUGGGGAAGUGGCUAUACAGUUCGAUUUGGUCUUCAUUACAUCGAUUAUAAGAAUAAUUUAAAUCGAUAUCCAAAGGCAUCAGUCUAUUGGUUUCGUAGAUUCUUGAAGUAAAAUACUAUAAAGCUUAUCAUAGAUUAUAAGAAUAAUUUAAAUCAAUAUCCAAU